GCAUAAAAUCAGCCCGGUACCGCCUUCCGACUACGCCGAGCGAUUCUUCUCGUUUAUGAAGGCCAUCAUGCGCAACGGCGGCGACCCGGAAACCUUCCUGACGGGCAAGGACAAGGAGAAGAACCAAUAGAGAAUCUUCGCCUUUCACUCGUCAGGUAGCCCGCAGCAUCUUGAGCACCGUUGAGGAUACGUUCUCCGGUAUGACGCCUCGCACGCUGCUUCAAUGCUUUUUUGCCAUCCCAACCUUCCCCUUACCUACAUCAUCGCAUACUUCCCCUCACACGCAUCUCCUCCCAUCGCAUCUCGCAUCCUCUUCCCCCACCUAUCGAAAUUUGAUAAUUAAUCCGCUUAUUUAUGGAUAUUUCAUUCACAACACCCUCCAUACUCACACACUCUAUCCGCCUCCGCCCCUUUCGCCUUCUGUCUCUACACCCCGCGCUUGUAUGUGCGCCCACGCUCCUUUGGUUGGACCCCCGCCUCUCGAGGCGCAUCACGCUCGUUAUUGUUCGUUUCUUCUGUCUGUGUAUAUUUGCCUGUUCUCGUUUUUUUCUACCUACUCGUCCCCCACUCGUGGCUGUUCGUCAGUCGGUCUCGUUUGCCCCCGGAUCCUGUUAUAUUAUCAUUCUGCGCCAUCUUGGACUUGUAGCAUUGGUGGAAUUCUUUCUCUGCAUCCGGCUGGAUGGCGGGCUGGCGGUGCUGGCCCGGGCUAGAGGUAGACUCGUCGUUCCACGACUGCAAUAAAGGACUUUAAACACUGCAUA